AUGAAUCAGAGAAUCGGCAUCUUUAGCCCUCAAAUGCUUGAUAAAAUUCAGAUCAAAUCCCAGAAGCGUCGAGUCAUUUAACUUCAACUAAGCCAUGAUAGUGAUCCCGAAAGUCAAGCUUAGCAGCCUGAGACAAUUAACACAGAAUAUCCAGGAAACAACGAGAGUAGAGCAUAGACAACAAAAAGUAGAAGGGAAAUUAAUUUAUAGGUAAGAUCACAAAACUAGGUAAAAAGGAACCACUAACUCGUUGAAAAACGCAUUAAAUCUCCAACUAAUUUUGUCAAUAAUACUCUAAAAUUGGGUUCUCCGAAUAAAUUUCAAGGGCAUGAAGAGGUAAUAAUUAAAACAAAAAUAAGGAGCCCAUCUAAAAUUUCUAAUGAAAAAAGAUCAAUUAAAACUCAACAAAAUAUGAGAUAGAAAGAUUUUCUGAUUGCAACUAAGAGAAAUAACUAGAAUAGUGCAUUAAGGAAAUUACUGAACUCAAGUACAAAAGCUUCCCAUCGUGACGUGAAUGAAUCAGCUCUAAACAAAUCCCUUCUGUCUCCUAAAAGCAUCCUAAAUCAUGAUAUUUAAGAUUUCUCAGCUUCUAAAAUGAGCAAUCUAUUUUCAAGAAAGCAACCUAGAAAAAGCAGGUAUCAACAUUUCGACAGCUCUAAUAAAGUAGAUCAUGGGAAAUUGUUAUCUUUAUCUGAGAUUAUGGAAUAAUGCCGUUAACAAUAGAGAGAAAAAUAAGAGAAAAAGGAAAAAGAGGCUUAGGUCUAGUCAGAAAAAAAGUUGAACAAUACAUUUUCAAAGAAUUAAAAUCUUUCCUUGCUUACUAUGGAAGAAAACUUGAUCUAUAAUUCAUCAUUCAACGAAUUAGAAAGAAGAUAAAUGGAUCAGCAAUAUUUGAAAUUCGCUAGGAGUUUAGAAAAAUAAAACUUCAGUGAAAUCAUGAAGAAAACUAGAGUAGAUCUCAAGAAAGCAAUAAACACGACAUAAAACUUAUUAGUAGAUAAUAGCUAAAAAUAAUCAAUUUAAUUAAAAACAUCACCAUUAACCAAUGAAUUCACAUUGAAUGCAAUGGUAUUUGGUUACUAUAAAAUAGAUUUACUUAAUAAGUAAUAGCCAGUAUCAGUUUUAAUAUAAGGGCACAAAGGAGACAUUAAUAUCUACUGUUCGUCAACUAUAUCUGAACCGAAUGAGUAAAAUAAUUAGUCUCAUUUUAUGAAUUAAUAAGGACUUUAAAAAUAUGCAAUACCGUCUAUGUAUUUAUCUAUAGAAACAACUGAGCUCUCAAAGAUAAAAAUAAUUGUUUGCUUUGGAAUAGACUCUCUUAGAAAAACCGAGCAUUCAAUUCACGAAUAAUCUAAGCUACAGCUUUAAAACUAGAACUCUUAGAAGGAAGAUGAUGAUGGCAUGUCUGGAGGAAAUGGACAUAAACUACCUUUUAACAAGCUGAUAAGUUAAAAGCAAAGUGAAAUCAAGAAUAACAUAUAAAAAAUGAUAUAAGACGAAGAUCAAGCUAUGAAGUUUUUUAGAUAUUUAGGAAAGCUCAAAAAGAAAAAAGAAGAACAAAAAAUAGAGGAGCUUAAGAUGAAAAUGAAUAUGCAGAAUGUUAAGAAUUUCGUUAUGGACAAUAUUGAUUAGAAAAAGCUGAUUGAGCUUCACGAAAGACAGAGAUCAAUAGAUUAUUUAAGUAGAUGGGAUACUAUCAGAGAAAAUCUAGAUUAACAAAGAUAAAUAAACGAGAAAGCUUACAGAUUGAACCUUUAAAUAAAGUUAUGGAAAUCAGUAUUAGCAAAGUAUGAAGUUAUAAAUAGGUUGAAUUUAAUCUAUAAAGAGAAGAUCUAAAUCAGAGAUGAUAAGAUCAAAGUAUAUAGAUGCGCCUAAGUAAUGAAGAGAUUUCUUCAAAAGCUCUUGAAACGUAAAGGAAAAACCACUGAAAAAAGAAACUAAAAUAUAAUUAGGCACUCCUUCUAUGUUGGUAUCAUAGGAAGCAAGGAGACUGAAGAAAAAAGAGCUUUAAAUAUCAUCAAGAUAUUUCUGCUGUAAAAUCUAGGAGUAUAAUAAAUCCAUUCUGCUUUUAAGACUUUUAGAACUAAAUUUCAAAUUCUUUAAAGAAGAAUGAGGAAGGAAAUCAUGUUUAAAGAAGAGAAAAUAGGUGUUUUAAUAAAAUACUUUGAGAAAGAAAGACAAAGAAUGCUUAUCUAAUUUAUUAAGAUGAAAGAUAAAGGACUGCAAGAGCUGGGACCUCAAAUAAAUGGGAUACCUGAAAAUAUCAGAAAUAAACUUCUGCUCUAUUAUUACAAGAGCUGUAGGAGACACUAUACCAAAAGAUAUUACGAUUAUAUUAGAGAACUUAAAUAAAAGGGAAUAGAUUAAAAUUCAAAUUUAAUUGUUGAAGAUGAGAACUAUAAAAUAUGGAAAUUCAAAGAAAUUGAUUUCGACAUAAAGCUUUCGACUUCUUACCUACAAACAGCAUAAAGAGGAGCAUAAUUAAUUAUGUCAAAAUAUAGUUAUCCAUCCUCUAUGAUUAAGUAAAAUAAAUAGCCCACGCAAUCACCCUCUGGAUUAUUCCUGACUGAAACUUAUGGCUCUGACGAUAAGCAAGUAGUAAAACCUCGAUUUAAAUUUCUGCCAGAUGUUGAGUUAAUGCAUCAAUUAAUUAUUCGGGCUACUAUGAUAAGAAAUGAAACUCAAAUUGAAUGA